CCACUGUGAUGUCAGUCCACACGUGCUGUCAAAUGGAGGCUCCUGAACUCUUGGUCUCAGUGGAACUGCCGUCCAGAUACAGAUCAUGAGUGGUGGGUACGAUCUCAACCUCUUUGCCAGCCCUCCUGACUGCAACUUCCUGUGUUCCAUCUGCCAUGGGGUUCUCAAGAGGCCAAUGAGGUUGCCGUGUAGUCACAUCUUCUGUAAAAAGUGCAUCUUCCAGUGGCUAGCCAGACAAAACACCUGUCCAUGCUGUAGAAAAGAGGUGACAAGGAGAAAGAUGGUCCAAGUGAAUAAACUCCGAAAAACCAUUGGCCGCCUGCAAGUCAAGUGCAAGAACGCUGCAGCUGGCUGCUUGGUCACAUGCCCUCUGGCUCAUCGCAAGGAGCACCAGGACUCGUGCCCCUUCGAGCUGAUGGCCUGCCCCAAUGCCGGUUGCACUGCGCAGGUACUGCGUGGGGUCCUGGAUGAACACCGCCAGCAUUGCCAGCAGAACGGACAGCAGCGCUGCCCCUUAGGCUGUGGAACCACGCUGGCUGCCUUGGAGGGUGAGCACAACUGCUACCGCGAGCUACGUGAUGCUUGGGUCCAACGCCAUGAGCGCAACCGGACCCUGCUGCUGAGCCUGCUGGGGCGUGUACGCCGGGUGCACCGCACCACCAACCUCAUCCGCCGGCAGCUGGCACAGCUGAGCAACUUCCUGGAGGAUGAUACCCUGCUCCUGAAUGCCCAGGUGCAAGAGACUGAGGUUACCCCGGAGGCUGAGAUGUGGGGUACGCAGGGCCAAGGUGUCUUAUAGAGGAGUUAAAUAAAUGCUGAGCCCAGGCCUGGCCCACCUCACACCUCAAGUCCCCCGUGCCUUCUGUGUGUUCUGUUGUCCUUGCUGUCCCUGCAAAUCUUCCGUAUUAGACACGCCCUUUCUCCCCUGGAUUGUUGUCCCAGACUUUUUUUCCCCCACUGAGACAGGAUUUCUCUGUAGGUCUGGCUGUGUGCCACCACCGCCCCACCAUCUCCCAGACCCCCCCCCCCCACACACACACACCAAAGCUCUUCCCUUCUUCAUUAACCCACCUUUUCUCUCCAUGGCUUUUCUGCACCUUCCUACCAGACUUAAUACCUUCCUAGCUGGUGCAACAAAUGACUCAAAACCCUAAUGAAGAAUAGAAGUCAA